CCUUGAAGCAGUUGCCAUGGAGCUGUUGAAAGCUGCUCGGACCCGCGACUUGCGAGGCAUUGAGAAGGAGCUAAGCCACAAUGCCGACGUGAACAUGAUCGACGAGACGGGGACAUGUUCGACCUCGCUGGAUGCGACAAAGAGAUCCUUGCUAUCCUACAAAACCAUUUACAAGAGCACAUAGAACAUUUGAUGAAUAGCAUCCCCGAGCUAUGUGGAAGUAUGAUGGAGUUACGACAGAUGAGUGAGCAUCUUUUGAUAAGGCUUCAAGCAGCCCGAAUUCAACUACAGCAAACGAAAGAUACCACACAGGCUUCCAGUAUGGGCUUCUACAGUAUCAUCAAAACAUUCCACUCGCUGCUACUGCAGCACUCGAAGAAGUUGGCGCUGGAGCGUCUGGUUAGUGCUCGCAUCGUUGCUGACGGUGUACGUCAACUACAUUCGAACCUCGACGCGCUGCUGGAUCAACACGGAUUGGAGCUUCAUUCUCCAUUACAACACCGAGACUGGCAGGGACAGUGGGAUAAAGAUGAAGGAGAUGCAUACAAACACAUCGUAGCAAUUCUAGAAAAAGACGCAGAAGGCGUCCCACGAGAACUAAACAGCACCACUCGACAAGAGAAUGUCCUCAAACUGUUGAGGUACGAAUCGGAAGAGCACGGAAAUUACUAUGACACGACAAUGAUGAAUAUUUUUAAGUCUGCCCAGCUGAAGUUGGUCCGUUUUUCUGGUCUGGCUGUUCCUGAAGUGCCCAAUUGGUUUUUGCCUGAAUACGAAGUGCAACGUCAUCCCACGCCGUUCGCACACGGUUCUUUCGGAAACGUUUUCAAAGGUACUUGGUUGGGAUCUCAAGUUGUUGUCAAGUGUGUCGAUCCGAAAACAGAAGAAGAUAAACGCACCUUUCGACGCGAAGCCAGGAUUUGGCAACGAGCGCGUCAUCGUCAUGUGAUCACUUUUUUCGGAGCUUGCGAUCAAGGCAGUCCGUGGUUCUUUGUGUGUGAAGAAGCAGCUAAUGGGAACCUUAAAAACUAUCUGUAUCACCAGAAGAACAAGGGGCGAUCACUUGCGUGGCGUAAGCUGUACGAAGCUGCUUUAGGGCUCCACUUCCUGCACCAGCGUCAAAUUAUUCACUGCGAUUUAAAGUGCAACCAGAUAUUAGUGAGUGCAGAGGGUGUCGCGAUGCUGACGGACUUCGGUCUAAGCUUCAUGUCUGUUGACUCGCGUCCACUGACCCCUCCCGGCGGGGCAGUUCGCUGGAAAGCGCCCGAGUGUUUAAACAACUCGAACCACGUGCCUACGAAGGAGUCGGACGUGUACUCGUUUGGUAUGUGUGUGGUCGAGGCGGUGACGGGCGAGUAUCCGUGGGGAAAUUGUCCAGAUCCUGCCGUGGUCUUCCAAAUGAAGCGUGGACUGGUGUUUCCAAGACCAAAAGCGUUCGUGGACAACGAACAGUGGCAGUUUGUGCAAGCAUUAUGUGCACCUGAUCCAUCGAAGCGCCUCAAGAUGCCAGAUGCAAUCCAUCUACUAAAGAAAUUUGCUGAUCAGGAACAAAUGCAAGAGUGGUCAAGCAAAGCAGAAGACCACGAGUUCGACUGAAGUCUGGCUUGGUGUUGAUUGCUGCCUUGUAGGCAUGGUUUAAUGCUGGAGCUCCAUUCAUAAUACUCUCAACAUCAAGCUUGUUUUAAGCUCCAGAACUUAGCCGUUUCCACCUUUUUUUUUACUCAAGGAGUGAGCCCACAGCGAGUGAAAUGUAUCCUUAGGGAAGCCUUGUGAUGGCUGGUUGAUCAUGGAGUGCCAGUUCUUGCUUCGCAGACCUCGUGUAUUUGAAUUGAUACGACGGCAUAAAUGUUGUUAAAAAUAAGAAUUUUUGGGCUUUCAUUCAUACUGGUCGGCUUGAG